AUGGGUCAAAAACCACGAGAACUGCAGCACAGAAACAAGGCGCAAUUUUGGUACCAGGAUAAAAGGAGUCAGUCGGCUGCGGGAGCAAAAUCCAAGCUACCGGUGGUUAGGAAUCUACAGACAGAAACCUCCUCACAAUACGUGCCGUUUCAAGGAGGUCUGCCUAUUGUAUCAGGCCCUUGA